AUGAAAAAUAAAUACCUUAUAGUCACAUAAUAUAAGUUAUCAUACGAAGUUAAUAGAAAGAAAUAAUUAAAGCAUCAUUUAGCAAAGAAAUGUUUCAUAGUUCAUCUUUGGAUUAUGGUGGAUAAACUUAAUAUAUAGUAAGAAGGUAUUAAAUAAAUCAAUAAUCAACAAUAACAAGAUUAAUAAAUAACAUUUUAAAAUAAUUUAAAUAAUGAUCAUUUAAGUGAAUUAGAGUAAUUUGUGAAUAGCUUAAGAAGGAAAUAAAAUAAUUGA